AUGACUGAGACAAAAUCUCAUACUCUACAUGUACCUCCUACAGACCCCUCCGAACCCUGGCAGACAAUCCCGGCACAGAAGCAAAUCAAUGCCGAGAAAAGCACCUCCAUCACUGAUACAGAGCCCAAGUUGGAGUAUCCUACAUGGUUGUCGGUGACUCUUAUCCUCACAUCAGUUACCCUGGCCUAUUUUCUAUUCUUCCUCGACUUGGCCGUCAUUUCCACAGCCACCCCGGCAAUUACAACCCAGUUCGACUCGUUAGUUGACGUCGGCUGGUAUGGCGGUGCCUAUCAGCUUGGAAGUGCCGCAUUCCAGCCUUUGAGCGGGAAAGUCUACAGCCAGUUCUCUAUAAAGUGGACGUUCCUUGUCUUCUUUGUUAUAUUCGAAAUUGGAUCAGCCAUAUGCGGAGCGGCCCAGUCGUCGCCAAUGUUCAUUGUCGGCCGUGUCAUCUCAGGGAUAGGGUCUGCUGGGGUAGCUAACGGCGCCGUAACCACCAUUUCCGCAGUCCUCCCAACAAAGAAGCAGGCGCUCUUCAUGGGGUUGAAUAUGGGUAUGGGUCAGCUGGGCCUUGCGACGGGGCCUAUUAUUGGAGGGGCCUUUACUACAAAUGUGUCCUGGCGGUGGUGCUUCUACAUCAACCUCCCUCUGGGAGUGAUAGUGGGCGGAUUCCUUCUCUUCAACACUAUCCCCGAACAUAAACCUAAAAGUCCACCCUUGAAGAUUCUCAGCACCGCCAUCAAGUCUCUGGAUCUCCCAGGGUUCAUGCUCAUUUGCCCCGCGGUCGUCAUGUUUCUUUUGGGACUCCAGUUUGGCGGAAACCAAUACACCUGGGAUAGUUCAGUGGUGAUUGGCUUGCUGGCUGGCGCUGCCGUCACUUUUGGGCUCUUUCUGGUCUGGGAGUAUCGCCAGGGCGACGAUGCCAUGGUGCCAUUUGCCAUGCUCAAACACCGGGUCAUUUGGUCGGCUGCAAUGACCAUGUUUUUCAGCUUGUCCAGUGUUCUUGUGGCUGACUUCUAUAUUGCAAUUUACUUCCAAGCGAUCCUUGACGACUCGCCCUUGAUGAGUGGAGUGCAUAUGCUCCCAAUUACGCUCGGCUUGGUCAUGUUUACUAUGGUUUCAGGUGUUCUGAUCUCUGUUUUGGGCUUCUAUCUCCCAUUCCUUCUCGCAGGGGGAGCAAUAUCAGCCAUCGGCUACGGCCUCUUAUCAACCUUAAGUCCAACAACCCCAGCCGCAAAGUGGAUAGGAUACCAGAUUCUCUACGGAAUCUCAAGUGGCUGUACAGCGGCAGCUCCCUACAUCGCCAUCCAAAACCUCGUAUCAACGGAGCAUAUUUCUCUCGCCAUGGCCAUUAUAAUCUUCUGGCAAAACAUAGGGGCUUCAACCUCUCUGAUUGCCGCAAACGCCAUUUUCAGCAACAGCCUUCGGAAGCAGCUUCAGCAGCGCGCUGCGCUGAUUGGACAUUCUCCAGACGUUAUCGUUGCUGCUGGAGUCCGCUCCAUUCGUGAUCUGGUAUCUGGACCAGAGCUCACAGCUGUGCUUGAGGCGUACGCGAAAAGCAUUGACCAUGUUAUGUAUCUCGGUAUUGCUGUUAGCAUUGCUGUUUUGGUUUUUUCUCCGGGACUUGGAUGGAAGGAUAUUCGGAAGGCUAAGAAGCUUCGGGCUUUUACAAAUGAGUCUCCUGAAAAUGGGGAUAAGGAUUUGGUAAGAGCUGAAGUAGUGGGGGUGGGAAGUAGGAAAGCCUCCGGCUGAUGUCGUUG